AUGAGGACACCGCAAUGUCAUGGGCCGAUGUCAAAUCAAAAUUUUAUGAGGACCGAACUGGUGCUGAAACUUUCUCUCAUUGUGACAUUGUCGAUAAUAACCUCAAGUUUGGUGUCGUCAGAUAAAAGCAACCACACACCGACAAAUCAACACUUGAAGGUAGUUUUUUGGAUUUGAGGAACUGUUUUGCAGGAAUUUGCUUACUUUAGGAUUUUAUUACUAUCCUAAUAGUGUUUUCAUAAAGUGAGCGACAAAAUUAUAACCGAAUUGCUGUAACUUUUUUGGUUGCCAAUAGAAAUGUGUCAUAUUCGGCAACAAUAUUAUGGAGCAUUAUUAGCCAUAAGAGGUUAAAAAAAGCUAGCCCAGAGUGUUCCCGGUUAUUUAAAUGACGUUAUUGAAGCCUCAGGAAACGUACCUAAACAUUAGUUAUUGCUAUUCAGUGGUUUAAUCAGGCCAAUUAGCCAAAUCCGUAAGUGCGGUUAUAAUUUUGUCGCAAAGAAAAUCACCAAAAUUUUGGUUUUUUCAACUUUUUUCCAAAUGGGAAAAUUUACCGAAAUAAUAUUUUGGCACAUGAUUUGUAGCAUACUAGUGCAUAUUGGUGCCGAAUAUGACACAUUUCUAUUGGAAACCAAAAAAGUUACAGCAAUUUCUAAAGUGCGGUUAUAAUUUUGUCGCGCACUGUAUUUUCUUCGUCGCAAAAAAAUUUAAAAUGCACAGUGCAAAAUUUAGAGGCUUUGCCCAAAGUUUCUUGCACUGUGCAAUACAUACCUUUGGAGUAGCGAUAUUGCGCUGCCUCUUGAGACGGCUUCUUUCAAAGGUAUUUGAAAUUUGGUAUGUGGAUUUACCAUGACAUCGUUUGAACCUGACCGAUUUUUGAUUUUCGAACCGAAGGCGAAAAAAGGUGAAAGAAAUGGCCAGACAAGGUAUUUUUUCACUGUAACUUUGCUCAAACCACAAAAGUGCUAAAAUUAUACAACGGAAGUACCCAUAUGCUCCGAAAUCACUCCAGCGACUUUGCGAACGGUCUACAGUAAAUGCGAGAAAAGUCUACGCACUUUAUGAAAAUACUAGCAAAUGAAAAUACUCAAAAAUCAAAGACUUUCAAGCUGAAGACGAUUUCAACUUUUCAGGAAGUCAUCUUGAACAACGCUUUGGCCUCGAAAAGCUUUAUCACGACCGAAAAGAAGCCAUAUCUUUCUGGACUUCGAGUAGAAAGCGACAAACCUUUUGGUGAGGAGUUCUUGGGCUAUACGUAAGGGAAAAAAACGUCUAAUCAGAGUUAUUGCGAAAUAUUUCCAGUCCUCGUGGCAUCAGCGUCGUCCAACCCAAUGCUGUCGUCCGCAUCGUUUUGUUUGGCUGGUGGUUAGACGAAAUUGAUCUCGCCGGGUUCACGGCUACUUCCAGUUGUCGAGAAGCUGUUGUGAAUGUCACACAGACCGACUUCUUUGUGCAGACCGAGAAACGAGUGAUAUUUGAAUAUUCGUUUCCACCAUUGGGCAAACGAGAAGAUACUUAUCGACUCUGUUGGAAACAAAGGGAUCGGCAAAACGCGGAUGGAGCGGAGGUUAAACUGCCUUUCUUGAUCGUAAGCAUGCACUAGUAAUAGUAAUUUUAUGAUACGCAGUAAUAGGAAUUUGAUUACUGCCUUUUAUCACGGUUUAGAAUAUGAUUUUUUUAGGUUAACGACCUCCAGACAUCAAUAUCAACCAGCACCCCAAUGCGAGAGUACUACUUUCCAUUGCCCUUUCAAAUAUUUUUAUUAUUCUUCUUGCUGACAUUGUCAGCGCUUUUUUCCGGCCUCAACCUUGGCCUGAUGACAUUGACGCCUCAGGAAUUGAUGCUCAUUUCCAAGUCGGGUAAGGACAUUCUUCGGCAGACCCCAAGAAAAAAAAUUUCAGGAAAUCCUAGGUUUUAUUGCAAAAGUUACAGUGGUGGAUCUGUAUUAAAAAACGUGGCAAAAUGCCUCCGUUUCGUAGUGAUAAAAACUACAAUUUCAAAAGCGCGCCCGCUCUGUUUGUAAGAGAAAGGGCGCGCAGUUCAAAACGGAGUUUCUUUAGUUGGAGAAGGAGAUAUUUUGCCACAUUUUGGAUUCUUCCCGGAUGCAAAAUGAUAAGCUUUUUGCCACUGGAUCAGGUCCCUCACUGUAUAAAAGAAAAAUGACAAAGCCUAAUUAUUAAAUUUUAUAUAAAGAUACAGUGGCUUUACCCCGGGGCUUUCGUUGCCCGUUAGAGUUUCUUUAUACUUCAAGGUCUUCUUCAGUAGUUGCAGAAUACGUAUAACCGUAACUAUAUCAGAUUUGUGUGAUUUCUGAUCUCCCUAAUUGUAAAGCGCUUUCCGACAUUUUUGAUCUAAAUUUUUUGUUGUUUUUUGAAAAUUAUCUCAUAUUCUUUCAGGCUCCGAGCGCGAAAGAAAGUUUGCCGAGACUGUUCUUCCAGUAAGGCUAACCGGCAAUCAACUCCUUUGCUCAUUGUUGAUCGGCAACGUCUGUGUGAAUUCGGCGAUAUCGAUUCUGUUCGACGACCUGACCAGCGGAUAUAUCGCGCUGAUUGCCGCAUCUGCCGGGAUUGUUAUCUUCGGCGAGAUCUGUCCUCAGGUAAAAUUGGAUUUACAGAGCUUUUAAAGAAGCUACAAUGUUACAUUAUAAAUCUUAUAUGAUUUCUAGGCCGUCUGUGUCAAAAAAGGCCUCGAAGUUGGUGCUCGAACAAUAUGGUUGACCAAACUCUUCAUGCUUCUGACUUUCCCAUUAUCUUAUCCGAUUGGUUGGUUGUUAGACAGGGUUCUGGGUCUAGAAGGAGUCUCCUACGAUCGACGAAGACUCAUGGAGAUGAUCAAAAUGACCACAAGGAAUGAAGAAGGUCUUGCUGAGGAGUUCAAGAUUGCCGUUGGAGCGAUGGAAAUCUCGGAUAAGACUGUGAAAGAAGUGAUGACUAAAGUCGAUGUAAGUAACAGGAUUAACAAAGACGAUGAGAGAAAUUUCAGGACGUCUUCAUGCUCCCAGACACCACUGUUUUGAAUACAAAGACCGUUGCCGAAGUGUUGCGAAUGGGUUACACACGAAUUCCCGUCUAUCAUGGCGACCGGAACAAUGUGGAAGCCUUGCUUUUCGUCAAAGAUUUGGCACUACUAAAUCCAGACGACAAUUUUACGAUCAAAACAGUCUGCUCUUAUCAUGAUCAUGCACUGAGAUUCGUCAUGGAAGACACGCCGUUGCGGGUGAUGCUGGAGGAGUUCAAAAAAGGCGAUUAUCAUUUGGCCAUGGUUCAGAGGGUUGUUCAGGCAAGUUGGCGGAGUACAAUGAGGGACCUGAUCCAGUGGUAAAAAACGUAUCAUUUUGCAUCCGGAAGGUAUCCAAAAUGUGGCAAAAUACUACCCUCUCUAAGUGAAAAAACUGCGUGUCAAUGGCGCGCCCUUUUUCCUCACAAACAGAGCGGGGCACGUCAAGAAAUUUCGGGCAUUGCAAAGGUUCUCACAGCGAAAAAAAAUUCAUAAAAUCUGUCAUCCAAAUUGCACAUAACAACAAUGUUUAACUUAAUUUUUUUUAUGGGAGCUCUAGGGAGUACUACUAGUCGUAUACAGCUGUCUUUUAUACCACUGACACAUUCUGAAUGGGUGUCAUCGUGACGCAUUUUUUGAACACGGUUCGAGCUAGGCUAAAAAUAGUGCAAAUUUCAAGGCCGAAUAUCAAAAAAACUGUCCCAUCAAGCGGGACGGGACCGGUGUAGAUACUCGAAGAACAGUUUAAGGAUUUUUUUGACGUGGAGCCUAUACCUCCUUCCAGUGCUCUCUGAGUCGGUAUCGUCGAUACAAACUUUUAUUUAGACGUUGUAUUCUUCGCCAUGGAAAACUGUCAAAUACUACGAUUACGGGUAUAUUUUGGUUCUAUUAGCUUAAGCAGCUCUCGAGCUUUCUAUUGAUAUCAAUAUCUUGUGAUUUACUAUUAAUCUUUAUGUCUAAAUAUUGCAAACCAUUUGGACUAAAACGGAUUUGCACCGGGCAGAAUGCCAAAAAAAAUUCUAGGCUUUUUCAUUGGACGCCCGUUUUUCUUUUAUUUUUUCUUGACGUGCGGGGCGCUUUUGAAGUCUGAGUUUUUCACUUGAAGAGGGCGGUAUUUUGCCACAUCUUUUGAUGCCUCCUGGAGACAAAAUGAUACGUUUUUUUGCCACUGGAUCAGGGCCCCCACUGUAUAUGUAUAGUAGUAAUUGCAACUUUCAGAUUGAUGCGCAAGACCCCACCUACGAACUGGUUGGAGUUGUAACUCUUGAAGAUAUUGUCGAGGAAAUUUUACAAGCCGAAAUUGUCGAUGAAACUGACGUCAUCACCGACAAUGUCAACAAAACUCGAAGAAGAAAAGCGAUUGUAAGGAGGUAAAUACGAGUAAAAUAUCUGUAAUUUUAGAUGCACGACUACGCCAAUUGCUUUAUGGAUGCGGACGCUGAUGCCUGUCUAAUUUCGAUUCAAAUGCAAGUGGUGACUGUUCAAUGGCUUUCGACGAAUCAUAAAGUCUUCAGUGAAUGCUUUAUUGGGACGAAUGUUUUGGAGAAGGUCAUACGGCAGAAUGUCCACAAGGUGAGAAAGGAACGGGGAGAAAAUAGAAACACCAUGUGAACAGUGAACAUAUACAUACACAUCCUUUUACGAGCAGUAUAUGCUCAAAUUUUUAUGGGCGAAUUUGCCGGAAAUUUUAUUUGGAAGCCCAAACUGGGCCACUUUUCAAUUAUUGUAAUUUUUAGCCUGUGAUAUUUGCCGGCAACUGACAUAUUGCCCAUUUUUUGUAAGUUACAGUGGGGGACCUGAUCCAGUGACAAAAAACGUAUCAUUUUGCAUCCGGGAUGUAUCAAAAAUGCAGUAAGAUGCUUCCCAAGUGAAGAAACUUCGUUUUGAAGGGCGCGUCCUUUUUCCUCACAAAAAGAGCGGGCGCGCUUUUAAAGUCGGAGUUUUUUCACUUGUAGGGGGAGGUACUAGUCCUUCCGGAAAGUCGCCGGACUGAAAUCAGCGACACGCACUCCGCGAAAACAAAAGUUCACUUUGCACUGUGCAAUUUCGUGCCUUUUGCACAGUGCAAUAGGCUUUUUUCGGCUGUCGCUCGCACCCUGACUUUUUUCGCACAGUGCAUGUCGCCGAUUUCCGUCCGGCGACUUUCCGGAAGGACUAGUAUUUUGCCACACUUUUUGAUACUUCCUGGAUGCAAAGUGGUACCUUUUUUGCCACGGGAUCAGGACCCCCAUUGUCGUACGCGACGGUGAACAGUCGAUUAGACAAAAAAAAUCCAGAAAAAAAUCCCUUUAGGAUAGCUAUUCCUUCUCGAUAUUAUCUUUGAGAUCAUGCUAUUCAAAUUUUUUGUCUUCUGACCCGAUUUUAACCUUUUAACACUUGUUUGCCUAGUCCUGCGACGAUUACGAACCAUUGCAGAUCGAGCUGGUCCAUCUCAAAGACUCCUCGAACAUCCUGCCGCCGAAUGCUCGGCUCUAUCUGAAGAAGGAGCCCUCCGACAAGUUUAUCCUGAUCCUCGAAGGGCGAGUUGCGGUCACCAUCGGCGAGACCAACAUGACAUUCGAAGCGGGGCCUUGGCAUUGUUUCGGCAAGGAGUUGUUGGACUCCUUGCUUGAUGAUAUUGGCAAAAACAAGCUGACUGAAGAAUCUCAUAGUCCAAAGCCCUCAACUGUAUUCAACGAAAUGGAUAUGAAAAAGCUGACCUUUUCUCCGGACUACACUGUGGUUAUCAAGGAUCAGUGUACUUAUUUGGAGAUCACUCCACAGACUUAUUUGUUGGCAUUCAAGUCAACGCUGAUAACGAGGAAUCGGAAUGAGUUUUUGGUAAGAGAAAGUGGACGGAAUAAAAAUUUUUACAUAUUCUCUUGCUUGCAAUAUCCCCAAGGGCCUUACAUUAGAAGAUGUGAGCUCAAAAGGCGUAAAAAUUAUAAUUUUUUUAAUGCAAUUCCUUGGAAUUUGGGUCAAAUUUCAUUUUCAUAAUUUCAGGAGAAAAAUCCGAUCGAGGAUGACGGUCAAAUACGCAAGACCACAUCAGAGAGCAUCUUAAAACAUGCAUGCAAUAACAAUUCAACACCAGCGACCCCGUCUUCCAUACUUCGGAAGUGCGGAACCGGCGCUAAAAUUAGUUUAUCAACUGAGAAAAGCUUUGAUGGAUUGAAAUAG